AUGUCAUCACAAGAAGAACAAUCAUGGCAGCCAGUUCAUACACAAGACUCGACAAGAUCGUCGGUUUCCAGUUUACGUUCAUACGAACCAUUAGAUGAAGAUGUACAGUCACACCAAAGUCACGGGACUGGACGAGAUUCCAGUCCAUCCCCUGCGAUACAAGACGAGAAGGAACAACCUCCAAAGUCCGUAGAGACCUUCAUCUCGGACUGGUAUGUUUGGGAGGUCCUGGCAGUGCUGGUCUCGGCAGGUACACUCGUUGCUAUGGUCGCCAUGCUCAUCCAUUUUGAUCACAAACCCCAGCCUGCCUGGAGGCUGUUGUCACUCAACUCGCUCAUUUCCUGGCUGAGUACUAUCUCGAAAGCCUGUGUUUUGUUUUCGAUCAAUGAAUGCAUCGGACAACUGAAGUGGGUGUGGUUCGGACAAAGGCAGCAGCGCAUGGUGGAUCUCCGGUCGUUUGACUCGGCCAGUCGCGGUUUCUACGGGAGCGCCGUGCUCAUCUGGAUACUAAAAGCCAGGCAUUUUGCCGUCUGGGGUAGCCUGGCUAUCAUCCUGGCACUCGCCUUUGAUCCCUUCGUACAGAAUCUGAUUCAUUACUAUCCACACUUGGUGGUGGAUCCCUCUCAAAAGGCCUUUCUGUCAAACAGCACCAGAUACGAAACUGCUGGCUUGCUCGGUCGCGCUGCUAGCAGAGUCGAUCCCGUACUCAAAGCAAACGUGUACAGCUCGCUGUUCAACGCUGAUCAGAGCAAGCCAUGGACCAUUCCUCAGUACCUCUGCAGCUCGAGUAACUGCACCUGGAACCCAGUGGCGUCGUUGGGAGCUCAUGCCGUCUGCGCCAAUGUUACUGAUCAUCUCAUUCCCUCAUGCCACAAUACCACGUAUACCACGUAUAAUCCUGCAGUAUUGAACUGCUCAUUAACGCUUGCAAACAGCAGCACGGCAGUCUGGUUUGUUCCAGACUCGCAGAUUUGUCAGCCACUUACAGUAAACCCGACCAUGACACCCGCUUCAGCUCUGGUAUACAAAAAUGCCACAUUUAGUCCGAUCCAGUUCAUCGCAGCAAGAGGUAUCACAAGCGAAAGAGGAGGAAGAAUACCGAAGAUUGACUUCGGCACUAAAUGGGAAGCAAUCGAGUGUUCCAUUGAGCCAGUAGUACAGAGCGUUCGGGCUCGCAUUGAGAACAAUAUCUACAGCGAGGAUGUUCUCGCUACCUGGGUGCAAAACAAUCUCAGAGUAGACGAGCACGCUCUCAAGCCGAACUGGGGCCCAGAAUUGGGAGUCUCUCCGACCCAGAACUUCUCGCUGGAUGUCAUAGCCCGCGUCGCGAUCGACUACUUUUUGAAAAGUACCUUCAACGGCGCUCUUAAUCAAGACGCCUUCGCAUACUAUUAUGCGCCAUCCGAAAGGGAUUAUGCAGGGUCGGAUGUCAUUGAGGCCCUGGCCACGGGCAACGUAAGCGGCUGCAGUCUCGACGCCGUAGACAAGUUCAACUGCAGCAUGGACAAUGUGGCAGCAGCCAUCUCAAAGAGUUUCCGCGAUUCGGCGUACAUCAGCGCGAAUUUUGAUCCCGUCAUGGCACAGAUGGCUGCAGGACACGUGAUGAGAAGCAUCACCUUUGUUGCUGUUCAAUGGCAGUGGAUUGUCUUGCCGGUUCUGGUGUGGUUGCUUGGAGUGGUAACGCUGGUCGGUACAGUAUGGAAGACGCGGAGAGCCAGGGCUCCAAAGUGGCGGAAUGACACUUUACCGUUGGUGUUUCUGUACCGAGAAGAGAAGAACGAAGGAGUGUCGGACAGGGAUAUUAACCAAAGGGCGGGCAGUUUGAAGGUCAGAAUGUACGAGAGCGAUCGAAAGAGGCGUUUGGGGAGCUGA